GUUGGGGCAGUUGACAGCUGGUCGAUUUUCCAUAGGGGGUGUGCUAAUUGUUUGUUUUCCUUUCGUCGUAGAAGAAAGUUUAUCGAUUCCUGAAAAGUUUACGAAUAAGUUGGUUGCGAAAUGUCUCAUUGCGGUGAGGGAAUGGAUUCGCCUGCGGAAGGUAAAUCGUUGAAGCGCAAACACGUCACACUCACUCUGGCGCAGAAGUUGGAUGUCAUCCGGGAAGCAGAGUCCAGUGAAUUAUCCCACGAGCAGAUCGCGAAAAAAUACGGAAUCGGAAGUUCAUCCGUGGGCCGAUUCUUAAAGCACAAGGAGGCCAUCAAAUCCAAAAUAGAGACCUAUAGAGAAUAUGGGGUAGAGGAGCGGCGAACUCUCAAGGUGCAAAGUUUCCCGUUGCUGGAGCAAGCACUGUUCGUGUGGAUACUGCAGCAACGGAAUGCGAACGUCAUUGUUUCGGCGGAAGUUUUGAAAGCAAAAGCCCAGCAGCUGCUUGUGAAUUUUCAACAACACGGAUGCUAUGAAGGAUGCCACUUCCUCGCAUCGAAUGGAUGGGCUCGUCGUUUCCGGCACCGUUUUGGACUACGUACGGUUGUAACUGCGGGAGAAAAAGCUUCGGCUGACCUGGAAGCUUACACUAGCUUCAAACCGGUGCUGAUGAAGAAAAUUUUGGAUAUGGGUCUGAACCCUUCACAAUUGUUCAACGCUGAUGAAUCGGCAAUCUUCAUCAAACUGAUUGCUUCCAGAACGGUUGUCCUGUGGGAUGAAAAAGCUGCUGCUGGUCGAAAGCUCAACCGGAUCAGGUACACUUUUAUGCCCUGCUCGAACAUGGACGGCACUCUGAAAUUGAAGCUUAUGUUUAUCGGUACAUCAGAAAACCCGCGAGAUCUUCCGCGCAAUAAGGAAGCACUGCCGGUUUCUUAUUAUAAUGCGAAGAAGGCCUGGAUGACUAGAAUUCUGUUCAAGAAGUGGUUUGAUGACGAGUUUGUACCUGCAGUGCGGAAGUUUAGCGAAGAAAACGGGCUUGAGCCGAAAGCACUUCUGGUUUUAGAUAACUGCUCGGCUCAUCACAUUGGAUGUGAUUUGAGAAGUGAUGAUGGAUUGAUUGAAGUGAUAUACUUGCCCCCCAAUGUGACUAGUGAGUGCCAGCCAAUGGAUCAAGCCGUUAUCAACGCAAUUAAAACGCGUUACAAAAAAAGUUGAUGUUAAAAUUGAUUCUCGAAGAUGAACAUCUCUCCUUCAACCAACGCCUGAAAAAUGUUUCACUAUCCCAAUGCAUGGAUUGGUUAGCUAGCUCAUGGGAUGAGAUAUCGGCCGCGACAAUAAGAAACUCCUGGAACAAAUUGAUCGACGAAUUCCCGGGGUUCGAGUAUGACGAACCAUGGCCAGACGAAAAUAUCACGGGAGACAUCAAAAUGAUCAUAGAAGCAGCGGACGAAAUUGCCGGUACCGAAACGAGUCAGAGCGAUGUGGACCGUUGGCUCAAUGACCAGGUUGUCGAUUCCGAGGGAAACAUGCUGAGCGUAACCAACUAUCAGUACAGUGAUGAAGAAAUCAUAUCAUCUGUGCUACAACGACUGGAUGAUACAACGUGCACUGAUGAAGAAUGGUUGGACUCUUCGGAUGAAAAUUAUCAAGGGACAGAUGAGCAACAGACAGUCAAUGGAGCGUCUCCAAACCGCAGGCAGAACUUUUCUAACGUGCUCAAGUCAUUGGAUAAUGUAAUUGAUUAUGUAAGAGGUGAUCUGCAGGAAGUCACCAAACUUACGGCACUGCGGAACAAACUGGUUGGCGAUAAGUGGAAAGAGCGUAAUUUGAACGUCGUUUGAGUAAGUUGAACAGUUUCAGUAUGUUUUUGUUUUAUGAAAUACAGUUAAUUUAACUUUCAAAAUUUGAUUUUUAUUGAAAAGAAAACUAUCAUCAACGUACAUUGAUGGACCCCUUUCAAAUGAUAACAUUGAAACGUCAGGCAUCGUUUGACAUAAGGUUUUGACAUAUGAGUGCUUUUUGGUUGGGGUUUUCCUCAUUUAGCGAACACCCAACAAACGAGCACCCCCAGUUAACGAACACCCAAGGAGCGAAUCGUCACUGUAAAUCGAUUAAACUCACACUAGGUAAAUUGCCUUCACCUCCAGCAAAAACAUUUACUUAAGAGUAGGUAAAUUCAACCCAAGACCAGUGUUGGUAAACUCACACUCAAAGCUCACUCAUGAACCGCUCCUGCAUGAGCAAACUCGCGCGCGAUUCUAAAUCAUUUUCUCACGCGCGAGAUUUUCAUGCAAAAUCUCGCUCUCACGAGUCAAGCGCCGAAAUCUCAUUUGCUUGUAAAACGAAUCCAAAUCAAUUUAAACGACAAUCUUUGUUGUUGUAUGCAAGGUUUGAUCUUGUCCUGUUAUACAAUCCUAAAAACUUCGUUGUAAAUAAUAAGACUACCAAGAAAUUAAGGAAUGAGUAAAAUCACGAGUCAACUCAUGCAUGAUUUUUUCGGCGGUGAGUUUGGCGAGUCAAAAAUCGCGCGUGAAUCAACUCAACCAUGAGAUUUGAGAAUUUGAGAUUUUACCAACACUGCCCAAGACCCCCCUCAUUCAACCCAAAUUUGAGUAAACCUGCAUUUACCCAAAAUUGGCUUAUUGGGCUCAAGGACCCCCGUUGGGUAGAUGCAUCUCUGUUUGUUUUUGACAACAUCGGUGAAGGAAAGAGGGAAAACAACCUAAUUUUGGGUAACUAGUUUAUUCGAUAUACUCAGCUUUGAGUAAAAUCGACCCAAAAAUUAGGUAGUUUGAUUUCUCCGUGUAUGAAAUGGUGCCGGUUACUAUGUUCAUUUUUUCAGUGUAGGGUUACCCUGGUUUGGUUGUUAUCUUCUUCUUCUUCUUCUCAAUUCUGGUGCUCUUUGCACAGAGCUAAAGAGCGGAAAAAUGGCGCAACGAACUAGCGCUAUAUUGCCAACGAGUUUUCGUUUAUACUCCAAUGGAAUUUACUUUCUGGCGAGCACGCCGCGGAACACGACCAAACGUGUUGGCCGCUGCAGUCUUACUGGUUGUUAUCAAGUGAAGCGAUCUGUUGAAUUUCGAAAACACCGUGCUUGCUAUGAUUGGUUUCGUAAUCGUAAUGAGAAUUUGUAUCGGAGAGGUUUUGGAAGAAAAAAAGUUUUUGAGCGGUUCAAAAUUUAUCACAACAACGUGUGGCCACCGCUGAAAAGUGAAGUUCGUUUAAUUUUGCUAUUUUGUUUCUUAGUCGCGUCUCCCCGUGUCAAACUUUCAACCAGUCGCUUUGACGCUGGCGAUUGCGGCUUGGGAGCUUAGUCAUCAAAAGUGAAGAUAAGGCGAAAAACAGUAGUGAAUAAAGAAAUCAGCAGAAACUCAAGGAAAAUGUAUGAAAAAAUUAUCAUGUGCCGGAUGGAAUGCCUCUCACUAGAAGAAACAAUAAAAGAAAACAGAAAUAAUCUCUACCAAAACCCGAUGUGCAAAACAUCAAUCAUACAGAAGCGGAUGAUCAACAUUGGACUACAAAUAUGACUCGUAAAUUGGUGAGAUCUUUCCUAUAUUAUUUAUAUCUGCUUUACUCUACUGCAUUAUAUACAACCUCAUAUAUUUCAAACAUAAUCGUCAACAUCUGGAGCGUUUGGUACGGUAUGUCCACGCAUCCUUCCUCCCCUGUAGAUUUGAGAAGUACUUCGACGACAGAAAAAAUGAUCUGAAGUCCAGGUAUUUCGAAGAACCAUCUUUGAGGUAAAUACAACGCAGUAGGCCUGGCCUGGCCUGAUGGUCUCGGCAUACUUCCCAGGUGACGUGGACGAAAUCCCUCCUCCAGAAAUAGCUGCGCUCGUAGCCUACAGCCACCGACACAACAUCCCCUUCGUCAUAGGGUGUGACGCAAAUGCAAAUCACACCGUAUGGGGAAGUACAAAUAUAAACACCAGAGGUGAGUACCUGUUACAGUUUCUCUCUUUCAAGAAUAUUGACACUUGUAAUGUUGGUGUCAAGCCCACGUUUGAAAACUCCAUUCGUCAGGAAGUUUUGGACUUGACUCUAUGUAGUCGGUCUAUCUCUGAUAAAAUUAAAAAACUGGCAUGUUUCUGAAGAAAUAUCAAUGUCAGACCACAAACACAUCAUCUUCGAAUGGGAAGGGGGUCUAACGAUAGAAAAAAACGUUUAAAGAUCCUGAGAAAACUGAUUGGGGAUCCUACUCAGCUAUCCUACAAUCCGAAGAGUACAUCAUAGAAAGUCGCAUUAGUCCUGUUCAACUCUUGAGAAGCUUAGGAAAACUGCGCGUAGGGAAUUCAAUCGAGCCAAGUGAACCAGCGAUUGGAGCCUAUACAGAAAGGCCCUGACGAACUACAACAAAGAAAUAAGGUUAGCCAAACGGAAAUCGUGGAUUCUAAUGUGUGAAAGCAUAGAGAAUACACCCGUAGUGGCCAGGCUCCAAAAAACUCAAUGGUGUGGGUAGCCUCCGAAAGACGGAUGGUUCGCUCACUGUAGAGCCUAGCGAUACACUGAGCAAAUUGUUAAAGAUCCACGUCUCUGAUUCAAUCCCUGAGUCGAGCAUCGGCGACCAAGGCACCGGAAUUGCUGUCUCAGAUCCACAAGUGAUCCAAUCAUGGGUUUCUGGAUCUAAAACAGAUGCAAUAAAGGUUGCAAAGGAAGCUUUCACUCGGGCCAGGGUUGAGAGGGCUAUGAGAUCUUUCGAGCCAUUUAAGUCUCCUGGCAUGGAUGGAAUAUUCCCAGCGUUGAUCCAAAAGAGGAAAACACUGGUUUCACCCUUGGUUGAGAUUUUUUAGGGCGAGUCUGAUUUUGGGGCAUAUCCCUGAUAAAAAAUAUCAUAAAAAUACGAUAAAUUUUAUUGUUACAACACCAUUUUUUCGAAAAAUAUUCACCAUUAAACGUAUUGUAUUUUACACGGCACACUCACCAUCACCCCUAUUGUUCUAUACCAUUCGGCGAAUGGUAAAUGGCACUUUUACAAUAAAAAAUGGUGGUCGUUAUGUAUCUUAACCAUAAAAUUUUGAGAAAAUUUUCAUACACUUUUUCGCGAAAAACAAUAGAAUGUAUUGUUUUUUUAUGAGACAUUUUUGGGGCAAUUUUCAAAAGAAAACCAUAUAUCUUAUUGUUUUUUCAUUGUUCUUACAAUACAAAUACAAUUAAUUGAAUGGCGUCAAAUGAAUCGUUGUUACAAUAAAAAUACAAUAAUAUUUGUGUAAGCAGUUUCGCUUUUGAAAAUCCAUAGAAUUUAUAUUUCCCGCUAACAUUUAUAUCCAGCAUUUACGAGCACUAACGGCCUCCAGAAUGAUAUGCACAUCAUUUUAUGAUAAGAGUCUAACACUCUGAUGUCUGUCUGAUAUGUGUUGCUUGCUUGGUUGCUUGGCAGCUGUUGAUGAGAUCUAUCAUCAAUCUUUUCAAACAACUGCCAAUUAUCACAAGUCAGACCUCAGGUCGUAUGAUCCAUAUCAUAAAUCGUUCACAAUUCAUUUGGCCAUUAGUAUAUGUAAAUGCUGAAGAAAAAUGUUACCGAGAAAUAUGAAUUCUUUGGUUUUUCAAAGGCGAAAUCUGUUUACAUAACAAUAAAUAUUAUUGCAUGUUUAUUUCUACAUCGGUUCAAUUGACCCCAUUAAACAAAUUGUAUUUGAAUUGUUAUCAAUGGUAGUUUACUAUUUACUAGAUUCCUAUAAUUUAUUGGAAAACAUUAGAAAAAUCAUUGCACACUUUUUUCUUAUCGUAACGUCCUCACUUGGCUAAAACCUGCUUUUCAGCUAGUUUUCUAUAAGUACUUCCUCAGUUAUUCAUUGAGAGCUUCCUCUGCCAACACGGCUUGACGUCUGUCAGUCGUUGAAGUUUUAGCGAAUAACAUUCGAUAACCGAAACAUCUACUGUACUCAAAUUUAAAACAAAAACUACAAAAAAAUAUGUCAAGUGAUUUUGUAUUUGAUUAUACAAACAUGAUCCAAGCAACAAUAAUAUUUAUUGUUAUUUUUUUGUUACGAAUUGUUUUUAAGGUAAUUGAGAAAUAAACUCUUUUUUAAUAAAAAGUUCAUAAGAACUUUGCAGGCACUUUUGCAACUAUUUAAAAACAACUUAAAUUAAUUUUUACUGAUAGUAACUUUAAAUUAUUAUAGAACUAUUGAAAAACAAUCGAAUCAAUUAGUCACUAAUAAAGCUAAUGUUCACUUAUUGUACGAACUAUAUGGGCUUGAUUUCUAUUGUAAAAAGUAACAAUACAUCUACUAUGUGUUUUAUUGUGAACAAUAAAACCAGUCAUAAGUCAAUAAUAUUUACCAUGUAAUGAAUGGUAACUUUUUAUCCGGGAUACCCAACGAUUGGCGUCAAAUCCGGGCUGUCUUCAUUCCGAAGGCAGGAAAGAGAGAUAAAACCAACCCCAAAGCAUUCAGGCCGAUAAGUUUAUCCUCUGUAAUGCUCAAAAUCAUGGAAAAGAUACUAUGCGAGUAUACAUAAAUCACAAAUUUAUGAAAGCAAUGCCUUUGUCAAAAAACCAAUUCGCUUAUCAAAGUGGAAAAUCUACGAUCUCGGCACUACAUAUGGUAGUUCAAAAGAUCGAAAAAACACUUAAUGCAAAACAAAUUGCUCUUGUAGCAUUUCUUGAUAUUGAGGGCGCAUUCGAUAACGCUUCUUAUUCGUCUUUAGGGUCAGCAAUAUUGAGGAGAAAAUUCGACCCAUGCAUUGUUACCUGGGUACAUGCUUUGCUAGCUAAUCGAAAAAUCUCCUCUGAGCUUAGCGGUAAUAGAGGUAAUAAACUAUAGAGGGAGAAUGUCGCUGACGUCGCCACCGCAACAUCUCUUGCUGGCGAAGAUAGGGAUGGAUAUGAGUGUCAAAGCAAAAAAGUAUGCAGUUUGACAGAUAGAUACCCGGGAUGUUUGCGAACGAGAACAAAUGGAACAGCAGCGACAUUCGUCCUCUAUAGUUUAUUAACUCUAUUUUAGCGGUUCAUCUUCUUCUUCUUCUUUCUGGCCAACUAGCACCGUUCGGCGCCAGUUGUGUUUUUACGUCAGCUGGGUCUAGGAGCUAAGCCUUAAAUUCCGACGCCCCAGGGAGACAGCCACCACACCUGAGGACCCUACAUAUCGAACCUGUAGUGACGCGUACCGCACUCUAUGCCGUCUGACCAAAGACUGAAGACUGUCUGCCGGGUUCACUCAUAUGCACUCUAAUCAAACACCAUCGAGGACUACUACACUCUUAUUGAAUAUUGCCAUGUAUCUCUAAUAGAAGCGUCUACCACAUCCCCCU